AUGACAGCUGCAGAACUUGACCAGCUGGUAAACGACUUCUGGCGCCUGAUCAACCCGAGCACGCGCACCAAGUACAUGCCCUACAUCAACGCAUUUCAGUGGUGGUGCAAUGAUACUGGGUGCAGCAGCGACCUCAGCCGCAUUGACGACGUGCCCAAGGCCGCGCGCUUCCUGGACUGGUAUGUCCACGGUGCGGACAAGUACCCGGGGCGUUCUCUUGCUAGCCGUGAGGCAACUGGCAAGCUUGGGCCCAGCGCAGCCAUGGUGGCCCACUCGGCCCUGGUGGCUUGGUCGCGGGCCUGCUGCGUCCGCAGGGGCAGCACGUCGUUCGACCUCUGCGACUUGGCUGCCUACAACAUCGUGUACCGCACUGUGACCAAGGGGCGCGAGAAUAGGGGCAAACGCCAGCCCUCCCACGGCAUGCGGUACGAUGACUACAAGCGGAUGAUGUGCAGCCUGGUCGGAUCCAGCAACCCGCAGGAGGCCGUCACCCACGCCAUCAUCGCGCAUCAGACCAUCGUGUGCGGGCGCGGCGACGAGGUGCGGCCUGUCAAGUACACCAGCUGGACGCUGCGGCGGUCCGAAGCCAUAGAGCGUGGGAUCUACAUCAACUACACGCUGCUGGACCACAAGGUCCGCCGCGGCAACCCCGUGCCGAAGAACAUGCUCCGCGCCAAGAUGCCGGAGCUCUGCGCCAUCGGCUCACACGCGCGCCUGCUGCACCAGCGAUUCAAACUCCAGGGCGAGAUGCUCCCAUCGCCAGGCUCAGACAAGCUGCGCAACUUCUACUGCUUUCCUGGGCAGAACCCUGGCACGGCGCUCAGCUACAGGCGCAACAACGAGCUGGUGGCGGCGGCACUCACGGACAACGGCAUCGUGGUUGACAAAGUCACGCACACUUUCCGCAGGCUGGCAGUGCAGAUUGGCAGAGAUUGCGGCGGCUCCCUCACGCUGCUGCAGUACGCCGGCGACUGGCUGCAGGACUGCAUGGGCACGGCGUACGCCGAUAUCGGCGCGCACCCAGAGGCGCUGCUGGUGCUAGCGGGCUGGGACCUCAGUCCCGGCCUCAAGGGGGCGUACUAUGCGCCGCGGCUCCGCGUCUCUGUGCAGGAGAAGCUCAUUGACUUCAUGCUCCCGGGGCUGCCGCGGUUUCAGGCGGCGGCGGCGGCGGCCAAGCUGGCGGCCACAACCAGCAGCAAGGAGGAGGCGCUGGCAGCAGAGGAGGCGGUGCAGCUGGGCAAGACGCUCCGCUUCAUCAUGCGCUGCGGCAUCCAGGAUGCAUGCGUGCUGGCGGACAAGUACCCCAACAACCCCUUCUUUGCUGACCUGCUCAGCAACCCCAUGUUCACAGAGCUCAAUGUCCGCUUUUCUUCAUACGGGGGGCUCGGCGGGUUCGAGCAGGAGCGCCCGCCGGCGAGCCAGCUAGAUCUGCUGCAGCGCGUGACAGCCCACAUCGAUCGCGCCCAUGAGGCGUCUGAGCGGCGUUUGCUGGCGCGCCUCGGCCUGGGCGCCUCUGCAGACACUGGGGAGCUUGUCGCGCCGGCCGGACUCCAAGCCAGCGGCGAUCUCACCCGCAGCGCCACCCCGGCUAUUGAGGGCGCCAGCCCCUACACCCAGCUUGCUCUGCAGCCUGCCUAUGGGUCGGGCGACGGGGAGCCGGCGGGCGGCGCAGCCUCCAUCGGCGGCGCACUUGAGGGCGCGCACCUGCUGCUCGAGGGCAGCGCGGCAGCGGCGGACGCGGUUGAUGGCGACGUGGUGAUGACCUGCCACGUGACCCCCCCUGACGUGUUGGAGCCUGAGUUCUAUUCCCCCAGUGGCCAGAGCCGCAGCCAGGCUGCCAUCAACAAACGCGGGGCCGGCAUGAUGGAUCAGCGGUUCGAGCAGCAGCAGCAGCAGCAGCAGCAGCAGCAGCAACAACAGCAACAACAUGUGAUACUGCAACAGCAGCAGCAGCAGCAGCAACAGCAGCAGCCGCGGCAGCAGCAGCUGCUACCGCUGCCGGCGCCGCCGCUGCCGCAGCAGCAGCAGCAGCAGCAGCAGCAGCAGCUCAACGAGCUGCUCCAGGCAGGAGCGCAGAUGUUUGGUGGUGCCGACCCUUUUAUGGCCCAGCUAGAGCCUUUUUCUUUUGCGUACGGCAGCGGCACCGGCACCAACGGCGCCUGGGCGCCCAAUGCAGCGGCGCGCCUGCUGGCUUUCGUGGAGCUGUCAGCACAGCGAGGCGCGCAGGCGGCAUUGUCACAAGUCGGCAUCAUCCAGCCAAACUCGGUCGGCCAGCAGCUGCACGAGCGGCAGGCAGCAGCAUCAAUGUUGGGAACAGCCCUGCAGCCUGUCUUGGCGUCAACAGCGGGGGCACAGCAGCGCCAGGAGCAGGCAGGUCCCCCAGCUGUGCGUGCUAUCCUUGAGCUGGGCAGAUGCAGGACGGUGACGGAGCUGGUCGAGUGGUACACUCAGGCCCCGCCUGGAUAUGAUCUGACGCGGCAGCAGCUGGAGGAGGGCAACCCCUCAAACCACACAUGGCGACAGCCUCACAGGAAGUGGAAGGCGCGGUGGGGUGAGGUUAGCAACAUCAUCCAGGCAGUCUGGAAGGAGCAGCAGCAGAUUGUGGCGGGCUGCGCAAGGCGGAGGGAGGUGACGCUGCUGGAAGCAGCUGGAUCUCUCGAUGCCAAGCUGGGCCUGCCGUCGCGGGACUCCAAGGGCAUGACUGUGGCCAAGUUUGGCAAGAGGUGCAGGGGAGUACUCGAAACGGCUUUGGCCAGCCGCCUUGAGGGUGCAGACGGCAACGGCGGCAACGGCGGCGGCUGCGGCAUUGGCGGCGGCGGCGAUGGGAGCGAUUGCGGUGGCAGCGGCAGCGGCAACGAGGCGCAGCGGCCAGCACGGCGGCAGCGGCGGCAGGUCUGA